AGAUCCCUUCGGAGCUCAGCAGACUGACAGCGGAGCUAGUACAAUGAAGCUAUUCGUCUUGGCGGCAAUUAUAGCCGCCGUGUCCUCGGAUCGGUUUAGCAGCCAGAGCCAGUCCACAGGCGGACAAACAUAUCCAUCACCUUGGCAGGUUGGCAAACAAUACCGGUAUGAGGUCACUUCUCGCACUUUGGCGCAUUUGCAGGAGGGUCCAAGCAGCGGAAGCGCUUUCAAAGCACAAUUCACAAUCCGGGUAAAGAGUCCUGGCCGACUCCAAGCGAAACUAGAGAAUCCACAGCAUGGUAACUUCAAUGAGCAACUCCCUGACCCGAGGGAACUGCCUGUUGAUCUCAAGUACCAACCUACGCCGAACAUCGAUAAGGUAUUCGAAAUUGAAAUUGACGGAGGUCGAAUCGUAAGCCUCGAUUUUCCAACUUCAGUUCCUGUCCCCCAAGAGAAUUUAAUAAAGGGUCUUAUCAGCGCUCUGCAACUUGACACGUCGGCUCACAGAAUCAUUCACGACUCUCAAAACAACUACGACAGAGAACAGCAACAGGGCCUUUUCAGGAAAAUGGAGACUGAUGUGACUGGUGAUUGUGAGACGCUGUACACGGUAUCUCCUGUUGCUUCAGAAUGGCGGCGAGAGCUUCCGAAGUUCGCUAACGAACAGGACCCUGUUGAGGUUACAAAGAGCACAAAUUACGGUCACUGUCACCACCGGGUCGCUUAUCACUUCGGAGUGCCGGUCGGUGCUGAGUGGACUGGAACAGCGCACAAAACCCAAGAACAACAGCUCAUUGGCCGCGCUACUUACUCCCGUAUCUUAACAGGCAAAGAGGGACCUAUUUACAAAGCUGAAACCACGAGCACCGUUCAUGUCCACCCUCAUCUUUAUGGUAAACAGAAAGCCGAAGUAUACAGUCACGUCCAUAUGGAACUGAUUUCAGUAGAUCAAGACAGUGGGGCUGAAUGGCCGAGAGCUGAAGCGAUGCGUCCUGCUCAAAGCAUUUUAUAUUCCUUAAGCACAAAACAAAUGACUAAGCAUUACGAGUCUUCUUCGUCAUCGUCUUCUUCGGAAUCUCACGAAUUCAAUUUCCCAGAGCAACACGAACACCCGCAUCAGUCCAAUCAACGAUCGCGUCGUUCUUACAUGAGAUCUAAAUUGGUGACUGUUCACAAAGUACUCAAAAAACGCAACAGCGAAAGCUCGUCUGGUUCUUCAAGUUCAAGUGCGGAUUCAUCUUCAGCGUACAUUAAUGAUGACAUCCCGGACAUUGAUGAGCCGGCGUAUGCAGCAUUAUAUAUGAGCCCUCAACCUCACGCGGACAAAAAGCAGAAUGCAAUGAACGCACAAAAGAUUCUUCAAGACAUUGCACAACAGUUGCAAAAUCCUAAUAAUAUGCCUAAAUCUGAUUUCCUAUCCAAAUUUAAUAUCCUCGUUCGACUUAUCGCCAGUAUGAGCACCGAACAGCUCAGCCAAACUAGUAGAAGCAUUGAAACUGCGAAGACUUCGAACAAUAUCAUUAAAUCUGACAUGUGGAUGAUAUUCCGUGAUGGUGUCACUCAAGCUGGUACGUUGCCAGCUUUCAAACAAAUUCAGUCUUGGAUUGAGAACAAAAAAAUCCAAGAGGAAGAAGCUGCACAAGUAGUCGCUGCUUUGCCUAGGACCCUACGCUACCCCACUAAGCAAAUUAUGACACAGUUCUUCAAUUUUGCCAGAAGUCCUGCAGUCAAAGAUCAAAUGUUCCUCAAUUCGAGUGCCCUGAUGGCUGCCACAAAAUUGAUAAAUUUGGGCCAAGUUAAUAACUAUACCGCUCACUCUUAUUAUCCGACACACAUGUAUGGUCGCCUUACGCACAAACAUGACGCUUUUGUUCUCGAAGAAAUUUUGCCUACUCUAGCAGCGGACUUGAAAGCAUCCGUUGAAUAUAAAGAUAGUACGAAAGCUCAAGUUUACAUUCAAGCUAUUGGUAAUUUGGGUCAUCGCGAAAUACUCAAAGUCUUCGCUCCAUAUUUGGAAGGAAAAGUUGAAAUAUCUACUUAUCUUCGCACUCAUAUUGUGAAGAAUUUAAAAUCUUUGGCUAAGCUAAGAGAUCGGCAUGUACGUGCUGUCCUGUUUAGCAUUUUAAGAAACACGGCUGAGCCAUAUCCUGUUAGAGUUGCAGCGAUCCAGAGUAUAUUCAUAAGCCACCCCACCGGAGAAAUGAUGCAAGCUAUGGCUGAAAUGACCCACAACGAUCCAAGUGUAGAAGUUCGGGCUGUUCUUAAGUCCGCCAUUUUAUCAGCUGCUGAAUUACAACACCCACGCAAUUUUUAUCUAUCUAGAACGGCUCAAGCUGCUAGAUACUUGGUUACAAAUGAAGAAUUUGGUUACCAGCAUUCAUUUAAGUUUAUUGAUGAUAGCUACGACGAAGAUAAUGACAUUGGGACUUUCGUUAUUUCCCACAUCGGUAGCGAGGAUAGUCUUCUGCCAAAAGAUUUUAAAAUCGUCACCAAUUCCAAGGGAGGAGCCUGGGAAAGAAACACAAUUGAAGCAUCAUUCUCUAGUGCUGAACGUUUCUUAGACUACUUAAGGGACUCGGUAUUCGCACCUCACCCUAAAUUCGAUAGAGCUCACAAAUAUUCCGCUGAGAAAAUCGCUAAGCUCUUAAAUAUAAAGAAUGAUGAGGAAGAGCCUUUAGAAGCAUCUUUUUAUGUCGAUUUCAUGAACAACCAGAGAUUAUUCAGUUUCAGCGAAUCCGACCUACAGCAGUUGUCCCAAUAUAUUAGCGAAUACAUGAAAAAAGUAGAGAGUGGCGCUGAAAAGCAUUACACAAAAGUUUAUAACCAGGAUCAAGUUUCAAUAAUGUUCCCAGUAGCAUCUGGUAUGCCAUUCAUCUUUAAAUAUAAAGAACCGGCUGUGAUUCAUUUCCAAAGCAAACUCAAAGGGAAAUUUUCAUUCCCGUCAAAGGAUAACAAAUACUACGAGGCAAACAUGAUUAAAGACGUGCAAUUCACAUACGCCAGGAAUAUUGACGGAAACGUUGGCUUUAUGGAUACCCUUAGCAACCAAUAUUCCAGUGUAGGUGUUGUGAAUAAACUCCAAUUUAACAUACCGUUCAAAUUCGGAAUCGAAAUUAAAUCUGGACUAAUAAAGUUCAGAGUCGAACCUCUGCAUCCAGACCAGGAUCAGACCUUAGUUCACUAUAGUGUUUGGCCGUACAGUGCCAGCCAAAAGAAGGAUUCCCUUGUUGCAAUCUCUCAAGACCCAGCUACUAAAAUUGUCGAACGUAGAAGCAAGGUAUUUUCAGUAGACUCUAAGUACGGUCAAUCCACACAUGCCGUAAUCUACGCGCAAGGAUACACAUACUCUUCCGACUGGAGGAACUUUGGCGCUAAGUUUACUUCCCGUGACUAUUUUACCAACUUAGCGUCACUACUGACACAGGAGGAUAUCGCUCUGACCCACUUCAACUUAAAACACCUUUGCAAACAAUCACAGAGUAAGGCUUUGACCAUUACCGCUUAUUAUGAUGAAUACUACAACCAACAGAACAGCGGUAUAUUAACAGACGCUACUGAUCGCAACGACCUCAGUCCGAACAGCGAAACACGUCGAGCCGAAAUGGUGAAACUAGUUUCUGCUGGCAUUAACAAAGCUAGAGUGAGAGUUGUGGAUUUGAGUGCUAGCUUUGAGGGCAGUCAAGAUCAGAAUUACGUUUUCACUGGCACCUGGGGUGAUAGUCCGGUCGAUUCAAAGGUUCAAGGAAUGUUAUUUGCUGGCACAAAGUCUGCAACGCAAGGAAACCAACAAAUAAACGCUGUAUUUGCCACUACGAAGCCGGAGAUUCAUUCCCUAAGCUUUUCGAAGGCUUUACAGAGCGAUUUGAGGGCUCCUUUCGGAAUGCACUUCAAGUACGGCCAGAGUGGAGAGAUCCGUGUCUCUGGAAGCUUCGAUCGUACCAAAAAAUAUACAACUGAACUAGAAAAUCAUCCUCUCGCCAAGCAAUGCUCUCAACAAACCACCCUCAAUAACUUCUACCAAGAUUCUUGUCACAAAGCUAUCGUUAUGGCUCAUGCGCCUGAUCAUGUGGAAUUCUCCGUCUCAUUCCAAGACAUGAGUCCUCAAUACAGAAACUUCUCCUACCACACAUACAGACUCUAUGAGUACUUGGGUUACUGGUAUACUGAAGCUAAUCCUUUGAAACUAACUCAAAAUGGUAAAAUGGACUUCAAAAUUGAUUUCUCGUACUUCGAUCGUACUUACACCGUCGAUAUUGCAUCCCCAUCUGGAGAGGCACGAAUGAGGGACAUGCCAAUUGCAACAAUGGCACCUGGUGCUUUGUCUUUCUACCAACCGCUAAAAGCUUAUGAACUCGUUGCCAAUUACUUCACUGGCCACCAAUAUCAACCCUACUGUUCUAUCGAUGGCACAAGGAUACAUACCUUCAGUAAUCGCAGCUACGAAUAUCCCCUAUCUCGAUCCUGGCACGUAGUCAUGCAGGACGAGUCUACUCAACGCGGCAACUGGCACGAGUUGGCUAUCUUGUCCAGGAGGCAACAGAGAGAUCAACAGGAGAUCUAUAUUUCUUACAAGUCUGAGUCAGGACAGGAUCUUGAGAUCGAAAUACAACCAGCGUCUGGAGACUCUGCAUAUCAAGUGAAAGUCACGACGAAUACCAAGAAGAUCACCGAUGAUGACCUCACCAUGUACUGGGAUGAUGUCAAGGAGCAACCGUUCUUACAAUACCACACCCACAAAGACGGCGUUCUGGUCAUAAAUAUAGAAGACGACAGGAUCAGAGCUAUAUAUGACGGCCAGAGAUUUGUCGUUUUCACACAGGACUAUCGUAAUUCGACCAGAGGCAUCUGUGGACGUAUGAGCGGCGAGCAGCGCGACGACUAUCUCACUCCAGAAGGUUUGGUCGACAAGCCUGAGCUAUAUGCCGCAGCCUACAGCCUAAAUGAGGAGAACAGUGACCCCAAAACCCAGGAACUGAAGGCUCUAGCAACACAACAAGCUUACUACCCAGAAUAUAAGUACACAAGCAUCCUACGCUCUGACCCAACUUGGCAAGAAGAAUCACAGUCCUCCGGUGAGGAUCAAUGGCAGUCUGAAACCGUCUAUAAGUCUAGAAGCUACGACAAACACAAGGGCGCUUGUGAAGUUAGGCAACAGGUGCAGUUUUAUGAGAACCACGGCGAUAUCUGUAUCACAACUUCGAGAGUCCCCUCGUGUCAGUCGCAUUGCCGUGCUGGAGACUACAAAAUACAGCACGUUCAAGUGACGUGUAAAUCGAAACUCGACCACGACUUCCGCAUGUACAAAGAACAGAUCAAAAAGGGCCAGAACCCCGAGGUAUCUGGAAUACCUAGCGUCAAGCAAUUCAAAGUACCGGUAACUUGCCAGCCUUAAAUAUAUUUAGUAGGUAAUAAUAGUGUUUAAUGGGAUUACGAAGCGGCGCGGUGUGUAACGGACCCUGAAUAUAAUAUAUAGUAUGUUACAACGUUGUUUGGCUUCAUAUAUACCUACUUUCUAUCUAAAUGUCUAUAGUAUAUUUUUAACAUUAAGAAAAUUUACAAUAUAUCUUUUGACAAUGCGUAACAAAAUGUGUAUGUCUCAUAUUUGUAAUUGUGAUAUUAUUCUAUGUAUCGAUUUUUAUAUAAUUAAUAUUUUUAGUAUUAUUUUUAAGGUAGACUAGAAAUAACGAGCAAACAAGAAAAGUACAAAAAAAAGGAAUUUUAAAAUAAAUGUUUUAUCAUGUG